AGCCUCGCAUCGCUUGCAUCCAAGAGCAAAAUAAACAAGCGUAACUUCACUGUCCUGUUGUUUUUGUUUUUUUUAAUUCUUUAAGAUAACCAUGCUCAGAUUGAUAUUAAGAAAUUCGCCUGUCAGUCAGGUCCAUUUUUUGGGUAAAAUUUGCAGACUUUACCCAACAAUUGAGCAGUGGAGCAACAACAUUCACUCGACUAGUAUCCUUCAAGCACGCCGGGAACUUUUUCAUGAUUUUGAAGACGUGCAGUUCAUACGGAACAUCGGUAUCAUGGCACACAUUGAUGCGGGGAAAACUACUACUACCGAACGCAUGUUAUAUUAUUCAGGAUUUUCAAAACACCUCGGUGAUGUUGAUCGUGGUGACACAGUGACAGACUAUAUGGAGGAGGAAAGAGAGAGGGGGAUCACCAUUAAUUCUGCAGUAGUUACAUUCUUCUGGGAUAAACAUAAAAUCAAUCUUAUAGAUACACCAGGUCAUGUUGAUUUCACAGUUGAGGUAGAAAGAUCACUGAGAGUACUGGAUGGUGCAGUGACAGUGCUGGAUGCAUCAUCAGGUGUUGAAGCUCAAACAUUGACUGUAUGGAGACAGGCAAACAGAUACCAUAUACCUCGUAUUAUAUUCCUUAAUAAGAUGGACAAAUUUGGUGCCAACUUUAACAUGUGUCUAAAAUCUAUCAAAGAACGCCUUCAUGUGGACCCAGUUCCAAUAAACCUGCCAAUUGGUAAAGAAGAAACAUUUUCAGGGAUUGUUGAUUUGGUAUCAUUAGAACAAAAUGUGUGGAACUCUUCAGUUUCAAAGGAUGGUAGAAUGUUUACUAAAGAAAACAUUGAUCUGUCAGAGACAAGCUAUGAUACAGAAGCUGUUUUAAAUGCUAGGUCUUCCCUGAUUGGCCAUUUGGCAGAGUAUGAUGAUAACAUUGCAGAUUAUGUGUUACAGGAUACAAAAUGCGAAGAUAUACCUGCAAGUGCUAUAAGGAUUGCUCUGAGGAAAAUUGCAUUGUCAGGAAAAGCAGUUUUACUUUUAUGUGGAAGUGCAAAGAAAAAUAUUGCAGUUCAGCCAUUGAUGGAUGCUGUUGUGAGUUACCUGCCUUGCCCUUCAGACAUAAAGCAUAGUUUUUUGGAGUAUUAUGGUAAACAUCUUUGUGCUUUAGCAUUUAAAAUUGUCCAUGACAAGCACAGGGGUGCCUUGACUUAUGUGAGAAUUUAUGGAGGUUCUUUGAAGAGUGGUUCAAAUAUUUACAAUGUGAAUAUGGGGAACACUGAGAAGAUUGGAAACCUUGAUUUGUAUCAAGUUAAUGCAGACGAGUAUGAACGGAUGAAGGAAUCAGGGCCUGGGAAUAUUGUCUGUAUUGCGGGACUCAGUCAGGUUAGGACUGGGGAUACUGUAACAAACAGUGCUGAUGUUGCUGGAAAGGCAGCAUCAAUAUAUAAGAAGGUUUCCACAGCGACCAGUGGCAACAGUGAUGUAGACCACGGUGCAGACUCAGAUGAUUGUGAUGAUGUUGAGGGUCCAGUACUUGCUGGGCUAGAAGUGCCACACCCUGUGUUUUUCUGUUCUAUUGAAGCACCCAGUAUAUCUAAGCAAAAUCACAUGGAAAGGGCAUUAGAGAGAUUACAGAGAGAAGAUCCAAGUCUUAAGGUUCAUGUUGACAAAGAAACUAGUCAGAUGAUACUAUCAGGUAUGGGAGAACUACAUAUAGAAGUGAUUAAACAUAGAUUGGAGAAGGAAUAUGGUGUUGAACCAUACCUAGGUCCACUACAGAUUGCUUACAGAGAAAUGAUUGGUUCAGAAGUUGAGCAAACCUCCACUUUAGAAAAUACGAUAGGCAAGAACACUAACACUGUCACCAUGACAGUACGACUGGCACCUAACCAAGAAUGCCCUGAAUUUAAAAAAGUGAGAUAUGUUGGUGAAGAACUUCCUGUUUUAAAGUACAAAACACAGCAUGCAAUUAACAAUGGUGUGAAAUCAGCUCUCACUUAUGGUCCUUUAUAUAACUCAAAGGUGAUGAAUGUAGAUGUUAUGAUAACUGGCCUGGUUAUUGGACACAGGACUUCCCUACCAUUUAUCCAGGCAGCAGCAAGUGACUGUAUCAGUCAGGCAUUGAGGAAAGCCCAGUGCUUCCUGAUGGAACCUGUAAUGGCACUUAAUGUGCAUACAGAUGACAGUAACCUACAUGUUGUUCAGUCAGACAUAAUCAAACGUAGAGGGGAAAUUAAACACAUAGUAUCACAUAAUGAGGAUAGGAUUUUGCAAACUCUGACACCCCUUGCAGAGUUAGUAGGUUAUUCCACAGCACUUAGGACCAUGACAUCUGGGACGGCAACAUUUACUAUGGAAUUAGAUCACUAUGGUAGGCUAUCAGCUGUGGAGCAAAACAAAGUUGUUAACAGUCUCUUCUUCUCCUAGUACAACAUAAAACAAAAAAUUCAUUUUACGCUUUUGGAUGAAUUACUGACAUAUAAGUAAAAUGGACAAUGUGUAUGACCUCUGGAACUGCUAUAUUUUUCUAGUAAUUUGUAAUGCACUUAAGUAUUCCUAUAUAAAGACUUAGUGUAUUCCAAUUAGGCCAGCAUUUUUAUGCCCCCACUUUGUGGGGGCUGGUGGGGGCAUAUAGAUUUGCCCUUGUCCGUCCUUCCGAGAAUGUUGUGUUGCGCCUAGCUCCAAAAGUAUUUUAUGGGCUACCAGUAAAUUUGCAGAUUUCUGAAACCCUGGGACAUAAGAAUAUUGCCGGGAGUUUCAUGUUUGAUAAUUAUCUUUUGAGUUAUGGUACCUGGCUAGAACUUUAGUCAAACUUAUUUGACACGAUCCUAGGAAAUAAUUGAGAUAAUCUUAGCAAAGUACACUUUGGCAGGUGGCAGUAAAAUGACAUAAUUUUAAGACUGGUUUGCAUAUUGUUUUGAACACUACGGAUCAGAGACUUUGAUGCUAUUGGAUCAGUCUAAAAUAUCGUGUGCACACAUAAAACAAUUGCCUCGGGGUACAAUUAAAAACCAGUUAAUUGUUUGCCAACUGUGACAAUAGGUGGUAUGAUAAUUAAUGCCUCCGGCGUGUAUCACUUGAUAAACAAAGGAAUUAUAGAUAACUGUCAAAGUUAUGCAUGAAGACUAGAUUAUUGAUUUCCGGGCUACUCGAUAUAGGGUUUCAAGGUAGUCCGGCGGGUAUACUCUGAAAAAAAUUAGUAACCCGACAGAAUUGAAGUAUGCCAAUAAAAUCUGUAAGAAGACCCUUUGAAAGUAUGUAUGGGACAAACAUUUUAACACUAUAUGCCAUAUGUGCCUUUUACACUGAGGAACACAUAUUGACAUAUCCAGUAAUGUUUUUUCGGACUGACAUAACUUACUAAGUCCAAGUCCCAUCUCGGUGAUGAGUCUUCUCGCCAAAACUGUUGUUUGAACAUCAGCCGACAAGGUUAUUAUUUUGUACACAUUUUAGCUGAACCAAAUUUCAGAUUGUUUCCACUUGUCGUACAAUAUAGGUGGCACUGACAGUCGGCAAAAUAUAAAACAAUAUUCAGGCCACUGAAACUUAACCAAAGCUACAACAAUAUUGAUGUUGUUCAACAAUGUUGGUUAAAUUACUGCAUAUGACUAAUCAGAUUCCAAAAGCCAGUGUGCAUAAUAUUUAUCAAUUCGUAAUUUUUGCUUUCUAGUAUGACAUUAUGCCUGUCUUUUAAGAUUUUGCGUCUCCAGCCAAUUGCAUGUAUGCAGGAUGCAGACUUAAAUUAGUCAUUGCAUAUCCCCAUUUUAAUAGCAGCUGCUGUUUUAUUCAUGUUGAUAUAAUAAACAUUAUGCAAUGUUCUUAUGAUAUGUCUACUGUGGUAUCUGUAUAGUUGAUUAUCAAAAAUGUUUCCACAAGUCUAUUUUUACUUUAACCCUUAUCAUGCUGGACAUGAUUGGUUCUGCCUUUGCGACCAGUGUAGAUCAUGAUCAGCCUGCACAUCUGUGCAGUCUGAUCAAGAUCUGCACUGUUCGCCAUUCAGUCAGUAUAUUUCUGGUAAGCACCCCUUUUAACAGUGAAUGAUACUGUCAAAAUUGAAAGAUGGACAAGUUCAUUAUAGAAAUGUAGCAGGGUAAGGGUUAAUACAACAAAAUAGAUACAAAAACACAAAUGAUACAUACCCUUGGUGGUUUUCUAUGUAUAUACCUGACAUGUCGCUCGAGUCUCUUUUAUUAAACAAAAAUGGCAUUAUGCAUACAAGCUAGAUGAGAUAUAAACCAGUUCAGAAUAGUUCAUUUGUGAGUGUGUAUGCAAUCUAAGCUUGCAAGCUUUUGUUUUCUAGUAUGGUGUACAAAAAAUAAAGAAUUUGUAUCCUUUU